AUGGCACCAAACCCCAUCAUGAUUCCGCGAAAACCAGUGCGAAAGUCGAUAUACGAGGAACCAGUGCGAGACGAUGCGCCAGCACCAGGAAUCAGCUACCCGAUUCUUGCCACUGUGGUCGUGAUGUGCUUGCUAUGUGCAGCCGCAUGGCCUUGGAAAUGGACAUUCUCUGGCGCCGGCAUUGAGACACUACUGCUGCUAUACGGGCACUCGCAACAAAAGCGAAUUCUGCCUGUCGUGCCGCUUUGGACGCUCCUGGCUACGCUGAACUUGGCAUAUGCGAUCUGCUCGACCUCAUGGCUGCUGCACGGCCUCUUCGUUACUACGAUAUAUCCCUUCGUUCUGCUCACAUGCUUGAAUCAGUUCCCAUGGGCUGCAAAUAUGGCUCGAGUAGGACUUCGAAAAGCGCUGGGAGGUCAAUCACACUUUGUUAAGGACAAAUUGGCCAUGUUCAAUCUUCCUGCGCUGGAAAUUGAUACUGACGUGGAUGGUCUGUUCGUCAUUCGAGGCAUCACCGUCUCGUUCUCGAACUUCUCGAUCGUCGCCCACGGUAUUGAACUUGGCCUGAAGCUCGCGGACGACAUCGAGAUUGCAAUUUACGUGGACGAGGUGGUUGUGAACUUCUUCAGAAACAUUGCAAUUGGCGACGUGUACGCUAAUGCAAAGGGCGGCAAAUUCGAGAUGACGUUCGGCGAACUGGAAGACGAAGAUAGCGACGACGCUGCCAGCGAGUUCAGCGUCCUACUGGAUGAUACACCACUUUUGAAGGCUGCUGCUGCGAAAGCCAAAGUCAUGUCGGACAGGCCCAAACUGAGAGAAACCUUGACCGGAGUGAGCUAUAUGAGAGACAGUUCAGUGCAGCAAGCCGCCGACACGAUCAAGACUUUAGAUCCAGACGACGAAGCUGCAGAUCAACAAUAUCAUGAAAUACUGACAGAAAUCCGCACAUCGAGCGCAGUGUAUCAGUCAAGGCAGCAGGUGCGCCAGAAUGCUAAGAGCAAUGGUCGGAAGCUGGAAGACGAAAAGGAUAUGCGAGCAGCAGUAUGUGCAGCACUGCAAGAGAUCCCAUCUGUGCCCCAUCCACCACGAAGGUCAAUUCGCGUCACAACUUUACAGAACUCAUCGCCGCCAUACGUGCGACGCUUCUUGCAUCGGCUACCGUUUCUUCUCAGGCUUUUACUCAACCCUCUCAGCUACCUACAUCCUGUCAGCAUGGCAAGCAUCAAUGCAGCUGGCUCCGGAAAGUGGCUAUCGAGUCUGCUGCAGCAACAGGUGUUCAAGCAGUAUACCGAGAACAAUUCUCAACUGCGGAAACUGCAACGCAAAGUCUCCACAUGGACAGCGGAUGCCAAUUUCUGCGUGCAACUUACCGACAUCGACGGCCUCGGCCAAGUGCCGCUGAACUCGAAUUACAAUAUCGUCACUUACCUCAAAUUCGAUGAUGUCCUGGCCUAUCGCACCAUCCCAGCAUCGGGUGUUGUAACUCAGGUCAUGCGUCUUGGUGGGGCUGACGCGACCUUUACGAUACCAACGUAUUUGCUGCCUCACCAUGAACACAUUCUGCCGCGGCUGCCUGAUGAAGUGGAUGAGCACGAGCUUGAAGUGCAGAUUGUCGAAGCCGAUGGUCUGCCCAAAGCUGUGCAAGCUGCACAGCAUCUGAAACAAGUGAAGAAAGACGAGACCAACAUCAGAUUGUCUGUACAUGGCAGCCUGCCAGUCUCCUGCGAUCAGAGCCUACUCAACUUUAUCGCGGCACUGGUUAAAGCGACCAAGAUCAUCGAGCUCGAAAAGACCGUUGAGGAAGAGGUGCAACCUCACGAUACGCCGAUGUCAUCAUCUCCGACGGGUGAUGAGGAGGCCGGACUUGAUGCUGCAUCACCAGAUGCCAGGUCAGAAACCAACAUUAGUCUGAGGGAAGUUGCCGGAUUCAAAGUCUUUGCCAAAAAUCUUCGACAGAAUCUGAGAGAUGGGACAACGAAAGCGCAAAUCAAAGAUAUCGCAAAGGACUGGCAUCAAACUGCCAAAGAUGGGAUGAAGAAGGCUGCUGUAACCGGACUUGUCAAUGAUAGAUGGAUUGCACAUGUGGUUGGCAAGGUUGCCAGCACACUCCAGAAGGCUCAAGGCGAUCUUGGCUGGAGCGGGAAUAUCUCCAUACCGCUGGGGCCUUAUAGAGAUACAGAGGAUGCGGCACUUACGAAGAUAUUACCUUAG